CCCACCCUCCCCCACCACUAUGCCCUCACCCCUGCCCCCCGUCGCCCUCAGCGUUUCCCCCUCCUGCUCCCACCCCGGGCUCUGAAGCCAGGAAACCCAAGAGGAAAUGACUGAGCCCGUCUGGGUCCCCGCCCGCUCGCGCUCCCCUGGCCACCCCCUCCGCCUGGACGCAGCAGCCACCGCCGCGUCCCUCUCCCCACGAGGCUGCCGGCUUAGGACCCCCAGCUCCGACAUGUCGCCCUCUUGUCGCCUGUGUCUUCUCACCAUCUUUGGCCUGAUUCUCCCCACCAGAGGACAGAUGUUGAAGGAUACCACGUCCAGUUCUUCAGCAGACUCAACUAUCAUGGACAUUCAGGUCCCAACGCCAGCCCCAGAUGUCUACACAGAACUCCAGCCCACCCCUCCGACCCCAACCUGGCCUGCUGAUGAAACACCACAACCCCAGACCCAGACCCAGCGACCGGCAGGAACAGACGGGCCUCUAGUGACAGAUCCAGAGACACACAAGAGCACCAAAGCAGCUCAUCCCACUGAUGACACCACGACGCUCUCUGAGAGACCAUCCGCAAGCACAGACGUCCAGACAGACCCCCAGACCCUCAAGCCAUCUGGUUUUCAUGAGGAUGACCCCUUCUUCUAUGAUGAACAGACCCUCCGGAAACGGGGGCUGUUGGUCGCAGCUGUGCUGUUCAUCACAGGCAUCAUCAUCCUCACCAGUGGCAAGUGCAGGCAGCUGUCCCGGUUAUGCCGGAAUCAUUGCAGGUGAGUCCAUCAGAAACAGGAGCUGACCACCCACUGGGCACCCGAAGACCAAGCCCCCUGCCAGCUCACCGUGCCCAGCCUCCUGCAUCCCCUCGAAGAGCCUGGCCAGAGAGGGAAGACACAGACGAUGAAGCUGGAGCCAGGGCUGCCGGUCCGAGUCUCCUACCUCCCCCCAACCCUGCCCGCCCCUGAAGGCUGCCUGGCCCCUUGGGGGCUGUCCCUCAAGUUAUCUCCUCUGUUAAGACAAAAAGUAAAGCAUUGUGGUCCUUGCC